UAUAUACGCACACUAAUACACACACAUAGGACUUGAUAGAAAAAAAAUCUGUGAAUCCUUAAGCAUGUCCAUCAUCACAACAUGUUUGGCUUCCCAGAAAACAUUCACCACAUGUAACUUGCUUUCAGAUUCAUCUCAAAGAUUUUAUGCCAAUCCCAUAUCUGGUUUUCCGAUCACCGGAAAAUCCCGAACUCUUCUCUCUAUGACCAGCACCACCACCGUUAGAUGGGAUACUAUGAUUGUUUAUGCCGAUGAUAAACACGAUGGAUCUCCACCUCCACCACCAUCUUCAAGCACCUGGAAAAAUUGGGUUAUCGGAUGUUUAAUGACAUUUAUUGUACCCUCCAUCACCACCAAAGGAGGUCCUAUAAAAGUAUUUAUGAAUAAGCUUGACCACCUGUUUGAUACGGCUGAGGAAAUAUCGGAUAUAGUGGAAGCAGUGGCAGAUAAGGUGGAUAAGGUGGCGGAGAAACUUUCCGAUGAUAUGCCUGAAGGUAGCAAACUCAAAAACACAUUGGAAUUCAUUGAACAAGUGGCUGAAAGACUAGAAAAAGACGCUGAAACUGCCGGAGACUUGAUUGAUAAGGUUCAGGAAAUUCAGGAGAAAAUAGAAGAUAUAUUGGAGCCCAUACUAGAUGAAUCUGAGGAAAGUGAAGAAGAAGAAGAAGAAGAUCGUAAAUGCAGAUUACGGGAAAAGCUAAAACAAAUAGAAAAGCAUAAGCACAAGAACGACCACAAGCAUAAGUAAGAAAUGGUUUUUUUGGUUGGACAAGUUAAUAGACAUGUGAUUAAUUUUUUUUUUAUCAUGUCACAUACGAGGUAGUAUAUAAAAUUUUAGGGUUUCGUCCCAUAGGGAUUACAAGUAUGUACAAGUUGUUGAAUAUCCUUGUAACGCCAUGGUUACCAAAACGUUUAAUUACCAUUUUAUCUCUAAAA